GGGGCAGCCCCCGCGCCCACCUACGGCCCCACGACGCACUUCAACAGUCUGACUCGCAGCAGCGGCGGCGGGAGGCGCGGAGAGCAGAGAGACCGAGCCCCGGGCUGCACCCCGACGGCCAGCCGGAGCAGCCCCAUGGCUGAGCAGGUGGCCCUGGUGAUUGGGGGCAUCUUUGGGGGUCUGCUGCUGCUAUUGUUGAUCGGGAUGAGCUGCUGUCUCUGGAAGAGGAUUUGUGCCACGUUCACCUAUGAGGAGCUGCCAGGGACCGGGGCCGUCUCCAGCCUACAGGGGCACAAGCUCUGCCCCCUGCAGGGGGGGACCCAGACAAGCAGGCCACCAGGUGUGCCAUUUGUGGUGCCCCCUUUCCUCCAAAGUCAAGACCGGGUGUCCCUGCACAACAGAGAGCGGACCCAGGUGCAACGGGACCCCCGCUGCCCAGACCCGGAUCCCCUGCCACACAGCAGCAACAGCAACCUUGGAGAUGCAUGUGUGGUGGGGACCAUCAACCCAGAGCUGUACAAGUUUCCAGAAGACAAGAGUGAGACCCACUGCCCAGAGGGCUGCCUGGGGCGGCUGUGGUUCUCUGUGGAAUAUCAGCAGGAGGCUGAGCGACUACUGGUGGGCCUGAUCAAGGCACAGUGGCUACAGGUGCCCUCAGAGACCUGCAGCCCACUGGUGAAGCUCCACCUGCUGCCUGAUGAGCGGCGCUUGCUCCAGUCCAAGACCAAACGCAGAACUGCCAACCCGCAGUUUGACGAACACUUCAUCUUCCAGGUGUCUAGCAAGAGCAUCACUCAGAGGGUACUGAGGUUCUCGGUGUACCAUGUGGACAGGCAGAAGAAGCACCAGCUCCUGGGCCAGGUGCUCUUCCCCCUGAAGAACGAGACUCUGGCGGGCGACUGUAGACGCAUUAUCUGGAGAGACCUAGAGGCUGAGAGUCUGGAGCCCCCCUCGGAGUUCGGUGACCUCCAGUUCUGCCUCAGCUACAACAACUGCCUGAGCCGUCUCACUGUGGUUGUACUACGUGCCAAAGGCCUGAAGCUCCAGGACAACAAGGGCGUUAUCAGUGUAUUUGUCAAAGUGUCCCUGAUGAACCACAACAAAUUUAUCAAGAGCAAGAAGACUUCAGCUGUGCUGGGGUCUACCCACCCUGUAUACAGCGAGACCUUCAGCUUCAAGGCCGACCCCACAGAAUUGGACACUGCCAGCCUCCGCCUGACAGUGCUGCAGGACACUGACGGGGACAGGAGCCUCCAGCUGGGCCGGGUGGUGGUGGGCCCCUACAUGUAUGCCCGUGGCAGAGAGCUGGAGCACUGGACCGAGAUGCUCAGCAAGCCCAAGGAACUGGUGAAACGCUGGCACGCACUCAGCCGCACCACCGAGUCCUGA